GAGUGAAGCGUUUCUCAGUUGAAGAAGCUAAAAAGAAGAGCCAACAUUUAAGAAAAAAAACAUGGGGACUCCUGGUUCCGGGAGGAAACGAACGCCCGUCAAAGACCGCUUCUCUGCAGAAGAUGAAGCCUUGAGUAAUAUUGCCAGAGAGGCAGAAGCCAGACUGGCCGCCAAAAGGGCCGCCCGGGCAGAAGCAAGAGAUAUACGCAUGAGGGAACUGGAACGGCAACAAAAAGAGGAAGAUUCGGAAAGGGCCAGGCAUACUGACCGGUCCAGCCGCCGCCCUUAUCUGGGAGUUGAAGAUUCCACAUCCUUUCGUGGUACUGGCAUCCGCAGGUUGGAUGAGAAGUGUGACAAGCAGUAUGCUGAAACUUACACAAGGCCGGCCUCCCGCAAUUCUGUCUCGGCAGCAGCAACACCUCUGAGCGGCAACUCGUCCAGGCGAGGAAGUGGAGACACGGGCAGUCUGAUCGAUCCCGACACCUCAUUAAGCGAACUACGGGAGUCGCUCUCAGAGGUGGAGGAGAAAUAUAAGAAAGCCAUGGUGUCCAAUGCCCAGUUAGACAAUGAGAAAAACAACCUGAUCUACCAAGUGGAUACCCUCAAAGAUGUCAUCGAAGAGCAAGAGGAGCAGAUGGCAGAAUUCUACCGCGAGAACGAGGAGAAAUCCAAGGAGCUGGAACGACAGAAACACAUGUGCAGCGUCCUUCAGCAUAAGAUGGACGAACUGAAAGAGGGUCUUCAGCAAAGAGAUGAGCUCAUAGAGGAGAAUCAACGCAUGCAACUGAAAAUAGAUACCAUAACCAAAGAGGUGUUUGGCCUCCAGGAGACAGUUAAUUGGAAAGAUAAAAAAAUUGGGGCCCUAGAGAGGCAGAGAGAGUACUGGGACUGCCUUAGGAGGGAGCGCGAUGAGCUCAGAGAGGAGGUGGCCGGCCUGAAGCGGACGACGGAGGCGGACCAGAAACACGGGUUAGUGAUCAUCCCCGACGGCACGCCCAACGGGGACGUGAACCCCGAGCCUGGCGUGGGGGCCAUCACGGUGCUGUCUCAGGAAGCGGCGCACGUGCUGGAGUCAGCGGGAGAUGGGCCGCUCGAUGUAAGGCUACGGAAACUUGCUGGAGAAAAGGAAGAGCUGCUGUGCCAGGUAAAAAAACUGAAGCUGCAGCUGGAAGAGGAGCGACAGAAGUACGCGAAGAACAGCGAUGGCUCGGCCGGCAUCUUAGGGGGGCUGGAGAACGGGUCGGACCUGCAGUUCAUUGAAAUGCAAAGAGAUGCCAACCGACAAAUUAGCGAAUACAAGUUCAAGCUGUCUAAAGCGGAACAGGAAAUAACUACUAUGGAGCAAAAUAUCGGCAGGCUCGAAGGCCAGGUGACCCGAUACAAAACCGCGGCGGAGAACGCAGAGAAGGUGGAGGACGAACUCAAAGCCGAAAAGAGAAAACUUCAGCGGGAGCUGCGGACGGCCCUGGACAAGAUGGAGGAGAUGGAGAUGACCAACAGCCACCUAGUCAAACGCUUGGAGAAGAUGAAGGCCAACCGCACGGCCCUGCUGGCCCAGCAGUAGGGGGGCGGUGGGGAGAGGGGAUGGGGGCGGGCGAGAACUGUGCCUGGCUCCUAAACCUCUUUUUAAAUCCAAACUCUCCCCGCGGCCCCCGUCUGUCGGGGGACCGAGGUUUUCGGUACCAAGUUCCAUCACUCACGGGGCGGGGAGCCUCCUUUUUGUAAUUUAUGAGCGAAUGAAUUUCGGUGACCGCGAUCAUUGGUUUUUCUUUAGCAGUGUGAUUCUAAAGAACUGGUCAAUGCUGUAGGGAUGAUUUCCCACAGCCCCCACAGUUUUUAGAAUCAGAGUUUACUCACUAUUUUGGUUUGUUUCCUACCCAACGCGCCCCCCCGCCAUAUCCCCCAAGCUGCUUGAAUGAUUCUGGAUACACGAAGACAAACUUCCCGCAGUCCAGAAAGAAGAUCCACCGCCAACGCUAACUCCCUGGAGACAUCACACAGCACAAGUGCCUUCUCCGGGGUGCAGUUUGGAACUCGGGUUGUUACGGACACCUUAACCUUUGGAAGCGGAUAACACUUCUAAUGCUAGGAGGAGAUGGGUCGGAGUAGGGUGUCUCUGUUCACUCAACUUGAUAGGUUUUGAGGAAAUGCAUUUUUUUUUUUGUAAAAUAUUUAAAUUUAUAUAAGAAAAUGUGGAAAAAACAAAGAGGGACUGUGUAUAAAACUUGCUUUGUUGCAUGGGUGACGGCAUAUGAGGGAAGCUCCGGAUGGUGUGGUCGGGGAAAGUAACGGGCCUGUUACUCUUCGAGUGAGAGAGUAUGAGGCUGGAUUGGUGCUGUCACUGUACAAUUGUAUUCUGCUGCUUACGUCUGGGAGAAGCCGAAGACGGGCCAGAGGGUGUAGGGGGAAUCUGACCGCGGAGUCUAUUAAAUGGACACUUUAUUGA